AUGGGCGCUGCGGCCGAGCGGUUCGGUUACUGGCGCAGUAUCAUCGGCUCGUUGACCGCGUGCGUUGCGUUUAUCGGCAUCAUCUUCGCGGGCUUGCUACCUCUCUUGCUCGCUGGGAAAGUUCUGAUCAGUGGUGGGAUGCAGGAUUUCGUCAUUCCGAACUAUGUAGGCGCAGGCGCGCGCCGCGUGGAUGGCUUGAAUGAUGCGGGUGCUGUGCUCAUCGCAUUCCUUUCCGACCUGAAGAACAAACGAGCUGGUGCGCAGGAAUUGCAGAAUCGUUGA